AUGGUAUCAAAGAAAAUGCUAAAUUGGUACACUAAUGGCAGAUACAAUCUAACUCCUGGUGGGAAAUACUCUAUUACUAGGAGUUAUAAUAAGUUACUAGGACAACAAAGAAGAUGGAGGAUAGCUGAAUUGGCAUGGACUGUUGUUGUUCAGCCUAAAGACAGGUUCAUAUUGUGGUUAGCUGAACAAAGAAGAUUAUUGACAAAGGAAAGGUUAGCUAAUAUGCAUAUCCCAGUUGAAGAUGGUACAUGUUGUUUAUGCGAUGGACAACAGAUAGAAACUACAUGCAUUUAUUUGCUGAGUGUGACUGGUUUAAGCAAAGUAAGCUCAAAAAUACUGACAUGGGCUGAUGUGCAGCUACUACCAGGUGAAGUUAAGCAAAUGCUGGAAAGUAUCAAAGCUAAGCAUUGGAAGCCAUUCAAAAAAGAGAUAGUGGCUGCUAUAUGGGGAGCUGUUAUAUAUCACACCUGGAGAGCUAGAAACUGGAAAAAAUUUAAGCAUACAAUUGUACAGGCAGACAUAGUGAUAAUCCAGAUCAAGAAGGAAAUUAUAGAGAGAUUAGACCUUCUUGAGUUGUCUAGGAAAGCUGAUAGGUGUCGAGGACACAUACAGAAAUUGAUUUGGAAAUACGAAAAGAAGAAUACGCAUUCUGUACUCAUUGCCUCUGUCUGUGCACUGCUAUUGGUGGCACUAAUAUGUUUCUGCGGCUAUUUCCUCUGCAAGAAACUGCGUACAAAUGACGGCAGAGGCCUCACAGUGGAUGUUGGUACAGGUGCAUCCGUUGUGAUGUUUCAUGGAGAUUUGCCUUACUCUUCGAAGGAUAUCAUCGACAAGUUAGAGGCGUUGACUGAAGAAGAGAUAAUUGGCUUGGGACCAUUUGGAACAACUUACAAGCUCAGGAUGGAUGAUGGCAACAUAUUUGCUAUCAAGAUGAAGAAGGGAUUUGAUAGAUAUUUUUCGAGAGAGCUUGAAAUUCUUGGAAGCCUUAAGCACCGUUACAUGGUAAAUCUGCGAGGUUAUUGCAAUUCACCAACAUUGAAGUUCUUGAUGUAUGACUUCUUAUCCGGAGGUCGCUUAGAUGAAGUUCUGCAUGAGAGAUCUGAGCAACUAGACUGGAACACACGGUUGAUUAUAAUAAUGGGAGCUGCAAAAGCGUUGGCAUAUUUACAUCAUGAUUGCUGGCCUCGAAUUAUACAUCGAGACAUAAAGUCUAGUAACAUUUUGCUUGAUGGAAAUUUUGAGGCUCGACUAUCUGAUUUUGGACUGGCCAAAUUCCUGGAGGAUGAGGAGUCUGACAUCACAACCAUUGUAGCUGGCACAUUUGGGUAUUUGGAUCCAGAUUACAUGCAGAGUGGUAGAGCUACAGAAAAGAGUGAUGUUUAUAGUUUCGGAGUUUUGGUUCUUGAAGUGGUAAGUGGGAAGCGGCCCACUGAUGCAUCAUUCAGUGACAAGGGUGUCAACAUUGCUGGCUGGUUGAAAUUUCUUGCUACGGAAAAUAAACAGCGGGAUAUGGUUGAUCCUCAUUGUCGACUGGUAAAGACGGAAAGCUUGGAUGCAUUGCUUUCCGUUGCUACACAAUGUGUCUCUUCCAAUCCCGAGGAGAGGCCAACUAUGCAGAUAAUCGUACAAAUUAUUGAUACGAUUGUCUCACCUUGCCCCAGCAAUUCAAACUCCGACGGAUGA